AUGGCAGGUUCAAGACGUGGAGCAUCAUCAAGAUCAGUUUCAAAACCAGCAUCAAAACCAACUACAGCAUCAAAACCAACAACCACAUCAGCACCAGCUAAAACAACUCCAGCUGCUACAACCCCAGCUGCCACUACACCAGCUCAACCAGUUGUUGUCCAAGGUCCAGGUAUGUUAGCAACAAUGGGUAGCUCAAUGGCUGGUGCUAUGGCUGGUAGCGUAGUUGGUCACGCCCUUGUUGGUGGUGUUUCAUCACUCUUUGGUGGUUCAGAUAACAAUAAUGUCGACACUCAACAACAACAACAACAACAAUCAAUGAUGAGCAAUAACCAACAACAAACCGAAAAUGCUUGCAACCCAUUAUACAAAUCUUUUAUGACUUGUUUAGAAAAGAACCAAAGCGAUAUCAAUUCAUGCCAAUGGGUUUACGAAUCUUUCUUAGAAUGUAAAAAGAUUUCUGGUCCAACCUUCUAUUAA